UUUUAGAAAAAAUACCUACGUAUUUUGUAAUCACGAAAGUGCUGGAUAAGAGAUAAAGCCCACAACUUUAAAGAACUAGGAUAUGAUAAUGUGUCUAGUCAAGGCUAUUUCUUGUCUAAGGGGAUACUGGUAGAUUAGAAUUGAACAGUGGUGAAAUGAAAAUUGGCAGGUAAGACCAGAGAAACUCGGAGGAGAAUUUCUGCAUUGAAAUUUUGCCCACCGCAGGAAGGAAAAUGGCUCAUGGAAGACAGCAAAGGAGGAACAAAAGUCGUGGAGCAGUGGGUGUCACCUACUGUUUUUUGUGUGGAUUUGAAGCUGAGGAUAAUGAUGCAUUUAGGGGUCACUUGGAGGAGUUACGUCACAAAUAUAAUUUCAAGCUUGCUGAAUUCAAGAACAAGAGAAAGCAUAAAGCAAAGAAUCGUCAUGGUGUUGAGAUUAAUGUGUGUUGCAAAGGGAAGAAGAUAGACUCAACUUCAGAUGGCACUGUUAAAUAUAUUAUAGAUCCAGAAACGUCAAAUGUUGUUUAUGAAUUUGAGGUGAAAUUCACUGGGGGGAGGAGAAUUCGUCAUGUUUCCUUAGUACGUGCAAUGCUGCUGCAUCCGUACAAGGCAUUCAAGAUUAAUGAUAAGUUUAACAUCUCUGCUGGAGCUGAGGUUGAACUUCGAUUACAGCCAGGUGCCUCGUAUGUGGUUAAAGUGACCUUUAGUAACUGUGGCAUUGGCACUUAUGGUGUACCAGUGUGCUUUACGCUGGUGUAUGCUACUGAUUCGGCAAGGAAAGAAUUUGACAUUAUUCGAGUAAUGGUUGUGAAUGUGAUUGGCCCGGAUCACAGAGUUGGGGAUGUGGAAUCACAGAAAGAUAGUCCUUUCACUUGUGAGCCAUGGUUUGACAUGGAUAUUACUGUUUCAGGAACUAUGCCUGAUGGGAGGAAGAUCAAUCGACUGCUGGAAUAUGCCAUCCCGCAAGAGCUGCAGAUACUUUUCGAACACGGUCUUCUGCCAUGGGAUGGAAUUGACUUGCACAUGACAGACAAAUUACUGUCAGUUCUGACAAUGUAUGACAAUGAUUCUGUGCCAGACAAAGAUAACUAUGCAGAUUAUUUCCACACUCUUUUGUACCUGGAUGAGCACAUGGCAAAACAGAUGAUGGAAAAGUACAACAUGGAGAAUGUUCCUCUUGAAAUUAUCAGUGAGACGCGCCUACAGUUACAGGUACCAGGACUUGCCGAGCAGCGCCCUUCUCUGCUGAAAGGAGACAUAAUCUAUGUUCGAGUGUCUUUAGGAAAAGGCAAGUGGGAGCACAUUGAGUAUGAAGGUGUUGUUGCAGACGUGAGGGAAUCUUGCAUCUGGAUUGGAGGUUUCGAUUCAGAGUUAAUGGAGAGGCUGGAGAAGAAACCAGAUCUGCGCUUUGAUGUGCAUUUCUCCUUUAAUCGUUUCUCGCUUUUUGUCAUGCAUCGAGCAAUUGACAUGCUGGUGAAGGAGGACAAGUUUCACGUGGUGUUUCCUCCAGAUCUCAGCUUUCCUCCGCUACGUAUACAAGGGAACAUCGAGUUUAUCAACCCAUUGAUUCGGACAAAUCCAGAACAGCGGGAAGCAGUGACAAACAUUCUUCUUGGAACAUCCCGUCCGUCGCCCUACAUAAUUUUUGGUCCACCUGGCACUGGAAAAACUGUGACUGUUGUGGAGGCGAUUUUGCAGGUUAAGAAGAAACUGAAGCAAUCUUGCAUUCUCGUAUGUGCUCCCUCUAAUUCUGCCUGUGAUUGGCUGGCACAGAAGCUGAUUCCUCAUUGCACAACAAAGGAACUGCUACGCCUCCACUCGUCUUCGCGAGACUGGUCUGCCAUUCCGGAAGAGCUCCAUCCAUACAGCAAUCUUAGUAAAUGUACAUUCUACUUUCCAGAUGAAACACAGCUGGCUAGUUACCGAAUAGUAGUGUGCACCUUGAUAAGCUCAGGAAGGUUACUGAAAAAGAGAGACGGUAGCUUUGAUCCCACCGUCCAUUUCACUCACAUAUUCAUUGAUGAGUGUGGUCAGGCAAUGGAGCCUGAAACCUUGGUUCCUCUGGUAGGAAUUCUGGGUACAGCAAUGAAAUAUCAACCAGGCGGACAGGUCAUUCUUGCCGGAGAUCCAUUGCAAUUGGGGCCAGUGUGUCAUUCCAACAUAGCAGAAAAGUUAUGUCUGGGAAUAUCCUUGAUGGAACGUCUGAUGAACAAGUGGAAACACUACAGUAAAGAGAGUGAAGAGAGAAGUUACAAUAGCAAGUUUAUCACCAAAUUACGUCGUAACUUCCGUUCACAUGCACUCAUCCUUGAAGUGCCAAACAAGCUGUUCUAUGAUGGAGAACUGAUACCGGCAUGUGGGAUAGAUGUGACUAAUGACACAGUCAAGAAUUUGAAAAAUGAUUUGCGUUUUGACCGUGCUGUGGUCUUCCAUGGCGUGAUAGGUCAUGAGAAGAGAGAAGGCAGAGCUCCCAGUUACUUCAAUCUGUACGAACUGGAGACAGUGGUUCGUUAUGUCCAAGAUCUUCUGAAAGGUGGACCGUCCCGUGAACCAGUACAACAGGAGGACAUAGGAAUAUUAGCACCGUACAUCAGACAGGUGUACAAAUUGAAAGCAAAGCUGAAACAUAAGGCCUGGGAGAACAUUGAGGUUGGCACAACAGAAACAUUUCAGGGGCGUGAAAAACGUGUGAUCAUCGUUUCCACUGUUCGAAGCCAACGGAACCUUCUUGAACUGGAUAGCAAAUUGAAGCUGGGCUUUGUAGCAAAUGCAAAGAGAUUUAAUGUGGCCAUCACAAGAGCCCGUUCACUGCUGAUCAUUGUGGGAAACCCACAUAUCCUGGAAGCUGAUGAACGCUGGAGACACCUUAUAAAUUUCUGUUGCAAGCUUAACUCAUACCGGGGGUGCAGGUACAGUCCUCGUGAGGAUGAGUGGGUGCAACAAAUAGUAGAGAGAUUUGAGAAGUUAAAUAAAGACUAAAGGGUGCAUUUGUUGAUGCUUCACUGUGUGUCUUACAUAUAAAACAUUAUGGGUUCAGUCUUUCUGAUUGGUUUAUUUCAUAUGUGCAGUGCAGUCACAACGUAGUUAUAUUUAUGCUGUGUUUAUUGUUUCAGAUCAGUGAUAUAUAAAUGUGUUCAUUCUUUAUCAAAUCAAAACAUAGUUGUGAGUCUGUAUUUCUCCUGAAACCUGUAAGCAUGCCUGUGACUUUGUACCUUGUCCUCUCUGAAGGCAGCAGAGCCAGAUUAAGAUUUCACAGGGUUGUAAGCUGUGAUAAAAAUGUGGCUACUGUAUUUUUUUAAAUAGUAUAAAAAUUAUUAAUAAAUAUUGAAGGUUGUUUCUAAAUAACUAUGUGGGCAGACUUUUACACAAUGGAUUGUAACUUAACAAAAAUAUUAAAAAUGUUGUAUUUUGUUAAAAAAUUACUAUGAAAUGUUGCUUUAGAUGUGGAUACUUGUGGGCAAGUGUAUGUGGAACUGCACAAAGAGUUUGCUUGGAACAGUCACGCAUUUGAACUAUAAGGAAUGAUGCCACAUCCGCAUUUGUUUUUGAUUCUCAGAGGUAUUACUGCAUGUGCUGUUUGCAUCAUUCAAAUCUGAUAAGAUAAUAAGCUGUUUCAUAUCUUUUGAGUUUUACAGGAAAAUGGUGUGUCAUCCUGUUAGGUAAUUUUAUUUUCUUAGUAUUUGGAGGACCCACAAAUUGCAAGGUCUUAAGCUGUAACCUGUCUGGCUUCUAUGUAAAUCUGGAAUGGGGGAGGCUUGUAAGUUAAGCAUCAGUUUCUGUAAUUACCAACAGUUGUUAUGAGUCACAUGUCACAUUCUUAAAAACUUGGGUUAGGCUACCAUAGCUUUGAUUUAUUAUGGUCAUACAGUUUUUGAAACCAAGGUCAGCAAGUCCCAUUGUGUAGAUACAAAAAUCUAAGAAGUAGCAGGACUUAAAAAUAUUGAAGUUGUAAACUCUGUCUUUGCAUUGGUAUUUUCAUAAAAUUUAGAUGCGUUUUUGGAAGAAAUCAUAAGCUCUGCAGUUCAAAAUUUGGUACACGUGUAAUUGAGGGGUCACUUUAUCUGCUGCCCCACCCCCUCUUUUACAGUAAUUUACUCGUAAAAUAUUUUCAGUAAGUUUUCUAAAACGUACAUUUUAAAAACUGUCUUUGAGAAAAGAAGUUGUCUACCCUUUGAUAGCUAUUUUAAGGAUUAUGUGUUUUCUGUUGUUUCCAAAGAAAGACUAUAAUCUGUGUGACAGUACAUACAUUUCAGAGGGUGGGAAUUCACAUGUUUUGCGUUUUUUGAAGGGGGAGAUAAUGCCUGGUUAUUUCAGAUUUUGAAGAAUGUUUGGGUUUCAAAAUCCACAGUCAGAUUAUUGGUGUGACGUCUAGUCAUACAUGUUUUUACCAUGAAUUGGAGCAAGAAGUAGAUACAGCAUUUGUGCUUUCCAUUCACUGUGAAAUAAAUAUAUGAAAAGAGACUAAACGCUUUGUUGUUUAUAGCAAGUGUCACGUAACUGAACAAGGCCAAGAGUAACCUCGAAUGCACAGAAGAAAAAUUUCAGACAGGGGGUGGGUUGGUGAAAGUGGAAGAACAAUUGUUAAGAAACUCCUCCCGCCACAAGCUAUGCCCGGGAUUUGACUAGGAAUGCGGGGCCUUGUUCGAAGUUACGCGACACUGUCUAUAAUGCAGGAGUGAUGCCAGCAGCAAUUUUAGUGCAAUAUGUAUUAUAUACUAGAAGUGAUUCCUAAACUAGUCUGUAUAUUGGCAGAUUUGUUUAGGUUGAGGUUGUUGUGAGGUUUGAAAUUAUGAGAACUGUAACGGGCUAAGCAGAUGACUUUUCAUAUAUUAUUCUAUUAGGCGGUGAGUUGUGUUCUAUGAGGAGGUACUGUAUUUACGUGAAUAUAAGCCUCGCUGUGUUAAUAAAAUUGAUGCUUUUAAAAUCAGUGUGUGACUUAUAAGUGGUUCAUUAAAAAAAAAGUCAUUGGAUUGUGUGGAUCUGAUGAAGGUACACUGUUCAUUGUUAUGACCAAAAGAUAAUGUGUAGUUUUUAUUAAAGUAUAUGUUGAUUUUAAGUCAGUUUGAAUCAGUGUUACAAAUUAGUGCCGUCCUAAUGGAAAAGCGUCAAGCCUCAUUUUCUGAUGUUAUCAAAUUCUGUCGUCAACCAUAAAAAUUAAAUUAACAUGUUUUAAGUAAAUGUAACUGCGUGAGCAGUAUGAAACUCUCAGCUGUUAAGAUUGUUGCAUUUAGUGAUUAUAUAAGUGCAUAAAAAUAUUUCUUCAUUCAUUUCAAAACCACAUAAUCUUGGCAGUCCAGCUUAUAUUCAGGCAAAUAGAGUAUGCCCUUCAUUUAUAGUCUUUUUCGAAUUGUUCUUCUACCUUUAGACCUUCCCUAAUAUUCUAAUUCUGUAUUUAGUCAUCUGUUUGUUUCUUAAUGUUCCAUAGAAACCUGGUUCACCCAGUGCCAAUUCUGGUUUUUCCUUUCCUUAUAUCUGUACCACUCUUCCAUUCUUGGCUUGGUCCUCUGCUCUGAAGAUAGGGCCAGCGGGUUCCUCUGAAACAUUAUACUAGACCAUAUGACUUCACAUUCCAGAAGACUGUGAGCUUUACAGUUGCUUCCAUGGCAGUGUCAGAUAUUACAUUUGUUCACAGAGUUCCUUGCAUUAUUAUUUUGCACAUUAGUAUCUCCUCAGGCAGUUGUCAUGACUGAAUCUGUAGUGCAGCUGAGACAUGGCAGUACAUUCUAACCCUGAAAUUAGUACACAGUUAUUUUAUAUGAAUUUGUUUGUAGUAAGUGCAGUAUUGUGUGUGUUAUCUGUGAGAAGAAAUGUUUUAAUGAUCUUGUGUCCAAAUUAAUUAAGAAAUACAAGAAAUGUUUAAUUGAUCAUCAGAUCAUUUGGGGGAUAUUAAAUCACUUGACAAUAAGGUCACUUUUUGAUACACUUGAAUGUAUAAGGGGUAGGCCUUUUCGGCCCACGACCUACAGUGGUCUAUUGUGCUUUUUUGAUACACUUUUUUGUUGUUACACAGUAUUAUUUUACAUUUCACAUUUUUAUGUACGUGUAUAUCUAAAUGGUUUGUAUCAAUAAAACAGUUUAUGGUAAA